AUGGGGGUAGAUGAGUUGGAGAAACAUUCAUCGUCAGAAGCAGAACUGACAAGUAUAGACCUGAAGGUUGAAGUCCAAAGACGCCCCGGUGUUGAAGAAGUCCAUACCUUCAUCGUCCAGAGUGGAAGCAGCUGGAUGACCCCAAUUCUAUCCUUCCUCCAAGACGGACGGCUCCCACAGGACGUCGAAGAAGCAACAAAGGUAAGGAAGAUGGCAGCAAGGUUCACGAUUUUGAACGGUACCCUAUACAAGAGAGGCUUCUCCAUGCCCUACUUGAAGUGCGUUGACAAAAAAGAAGCCAAAUAUAUUAAGGAAGAGAUUCAUGAAGGGGUUUGUGGAGACCAUGAGGCAUUAUCAAGGAUUCCACGGAUGAUCAUAUCAGAUAAUGGGCGACAGUUCGACAGUCAAGGUUUCAAGGAUUUUUGCUCAAGUCUAGGGAUCAAGAACCAGUUCUCAUCCCCAAGAAACCCACAAGCGAAUGGACAAACGGAGGAUGUGACUAAUCGAACACUACUCAAGAUCAUUAAAGCUAGGUUGGAUGACGCUAACGGAGCCUGGCUGGAGGAAUUGCCCAAUGUCUUAUGGGCUUACAGGACUACAACAAGAACCCCGACAGGAGAAACCCCCUUCAGACUCACUUAUGGCACCGAGGCAGUAAUCCCGGUCGAGAUGGGAAUAACCAGCAUCAGGCGAGAGACGUUCCAUGAAGAAAGCAAUGACGAUUAA